AUGGCCCGACGCGCAGCGUUGCAUAUCAGAGGCGACGGACUGCCUCCUGGUAUUGAGCUCGUCUCGUCGGGUGGUGAUGAUGGUGACAUCAGCGACUGGCUCCUCGACAUCCGUGUCCUUGACCAGAAUCCUCUCUACAAGGACCAGAUAUACAGACUGCGCUUUCAUUUUCCCAAGGCAUACCCAAUAGAACCACCCGAGGUUACGUUUGAGAGCCGGCCCGAUCGACCGAUCCCUAUCCAUCCACACAUAUACUCCAACGGCAUAAUCUGCCUCGAUCUUCUGGGGAACCAGGGCUGGAGUCCCGUCCAGAGCGCCCAGAGCGUGUGCAUGAGCAUCCAGAGCAUGUUGACCAGCAACACCAAGAACGAGCGUCCGCCGGGCGACGAGGAGUUUGUUCGAGGAAACAGGCAGAGACCCCGCGACAUACAGUUUAGAUACGACGACAACACGGUAUAG